AUGUCCACGCAGUCGUUGAGCUCGCUGCUCUCCAGAGCAUCCAUUGACGAUCAUGAAGAGGUCCUCCGCGCGUGCGAUGCUGCCUUGGCCAAAUCGAGAUCCGACAGCCAGGCGCAACAUGUCAAAGUGGUUGCUUUGCUGAAACUCGACCGUUACGAGGAUUGUCUACGUGUUUUCGAGGAUGGCGGGGAUAAUCUGAAGAAGAAGGCCGCGCUGGAAUACGGUUACGCCCUUUACAAAACGGGAAACCCAGAAGCGGCCAUUGAUGUGGUUUCUAGCCUGGCUGACGACCGAGGUUCCCGUCACCUGGAAGCCCAAGCUACAUACCGGGCCGAGAAGUUUCACCGUACGGCGGAGUUAUACCAAGGGCUUGCUCGAGAAGCAGCACCAUCGGCGAAUGAGGAGAACGAUUUACGGAUCAACAGCUGGGCGACGGAUGCACAACUGCAGUGGAAAGGCCACCCCGAGUCCGUCCGCCAUACCAGACCUACGAGGGACGAUUUGGAGGCAUUCGAAACAGUCUACAACGCGGCUUGCCUAAGCAUUGCCAAAGGGGAAUUUGAUCAAGCUGGAUUACUUUUGAAGCGUGCUAAGGAACUCUGCCGCACUUCAGAAGAUCUCACCCCUGAAGACAGAGCCGCCGAACUGCUCCCAAUUGCUGUUCAGCAGUUGUAUGUUCUGAUCUGUCAAGGAAAGUCGGAAGAGGCCGAGUCUAUUCUCCAAGAAAUCUCAGUCAAAGAGUAUGCCGAUUUGAACCAGUGGAUAAACAAUAGCUUACAGAACCACAGAAUCCCCGAACUAUCAACGAAAAGGAUUGGUCAGAAUAACGUCGCGAUUGCUCGCGGCACCACGGCGAACCCCUAUGCCCUAUACAAGGCCCUUCACGAAGUGCCUGACUCGAUUGAGAAUGACAAGCUGUUUGACUACCAAUACAACGUCAUGACAGGUAAUCUUCACGCCGUCGACCUCCUCGUCCACAAAUACGAUGGCAUCAUCCGAUCCACUUCCAAGGCUCUCUCGCAAGCCCCAUAUCCUUCGACAGAAGCUAUCACGAACCUCUUGUCAGUUUACAACGUGGCAGCGCAGGCCAAGGGUGAGACAGGAACCCCAGCGUUGAAGGCCAUUCUUUCGGCGGUAGACAGACGACCCAAGGACAUUGGCUUGGUGCUCACUGCCGUGCAACUCUACGUGAACCUGGGCAAUACCACCGCCGCGAUAGUUACUUUGGAGAAAUCCCUCCAACUCCUCGACGAGUCUGUCUCCGAGCAAGAUAAGGAGAUUCGCUUCAACCCCGGCUUACUUAGUGUUCUUAUCGCCUUAUAUAAACGUGAGGGCCGGAAGACUCAGAUCAGGGCCGAAUUGGCCAAGGCCGCAGCGUUCUGGAAGGAACAGGGUACCCAGCCAGCGUCACUUCUGCGCGCAGCGGGUGCAUCCCUGCUGCACUCAUCGCUUGCUUCGGACUCAACCCAGGCUGCAGAGUUAUUCAAGUCACUGUAUGAGAAGACGCCAGACGAUCUAUUCGCCGUUGCUGGCUAUGUCGCUUCCCAUGCAGCUAUCGAUUAUUCUCGAGUCGAAGCUCAGGCUAAAUACCUUCCUUCUGUUGACGACCUUAUUUCUGACGUCGAUAUCGCCGCUCUUGAGGCUGCGGGCGUUUCCCCGUCAUCCUCCACAACGGCGGCUGCUGCCGCGGCGAUCGCAGGAGCAAGGAAGCGGCCUGCACCCAGCAAAGAUCGUGUUGUGAAACGAGUCCGAAAGUCUCGGCUUCCCAAAGACUACGACCCCAGCAAAACAGCUGACCCCGAACGGUGGUUGCCGCUACGUGACAGAUCAACUUACCGGCCUAGAGGGCGAAAAGGCAAGCAGCGAGCUGCGGAGCGUACACAGGGAGGAGUGGUCACCGAGAAAUCCGAAGAGACUACACCGUCCGGACAGCAGCAGCAGCAGAAGCCUCAGGUCGGGGGAUCCAGUCAGAAGAAAAAGAAGAAGGGCAAGCGGUGA